AUGGCGAGAAAGAAACUCCACUUUAAUAACGCAAAGCUCGGGACGUUUCGACGCGGUGGGCUUUUUAUAUACCCAUGCUUUCAAGCUAAGCUGCCUGUGAGUCGAAACUCUAAGCACCAUUUUUUUCCAGCUCACGUAAGCAGCGCGGCUUCUAUGAGUAAUUCGAAGACAGCAGAAAAUUUUUUUUUCACCGUCCGAGGCUAUGCGAGACUCAAGGUCUUAGCAAACAUCUGUCGCUGGGGAGAGGAAACAGCGGCACCCAAGCCCAGGAGCGUAGCACUUUCUUCUCAAUGCUUGACAACUAAUGCUGCUGGAUUGGCUGGCGGGCAUAGAAUUUCUUCCAACGCAUUCCUCAUUUGGUACGACGAUGUGGUCACGUGUGUGUCUCUCUCUCUCUCUCUGGUGCUGGAGAUUGGUUUGUUGUGCCACGCUUCUUCUUGUGGCAUUGUAGUUGGCUUUCACUUGUACGCGGCCUGCAUCACGCCAUAG